CGAAAGGAAGCCUGACAGCAGUGUUUUGAUUAACUGACGAGCUGAUCGCAACCACCGAUUUAACUGCGAUUAAAGCGUGACUCACAAGCUGCGGCGAUACUUGUCAGUGUUUCUCAGCCCGGUCCUCGGGGACCCCCAGACGGCGCGUGUUUUUGCUUCCUCCCCGCCUCACACUGGGUUUCUCUCUGGGUGUAUCCCUGAAGACUCAGCCAUGACUUCCAAGAAGGCUCAGGACAGUGAUGACCGCUUCCUUCGCGUGAAGAAAGACCCCCGCUUCUGGGAAAUGCCAGAGAGGGAGCGCAAAGUAAAGAUUGACAAGAGGUUCCAGUCUAUGUUUCACGACAAACGCUUCAAGCUGAAGUACACUGUGGACAAGCGUGGCCGACCAUUCAACCACUCAUCGUCAGAGGACCUGAAGCGUUUCUAUGAGUUAACGGACUCGGAUCAGUCUGAUGAGCAGAGUGAGCCGGCGGAUGAGAAGCAGAAAAAGAAGAAGCAGAAGUCUAAAGUCAAAGUGGGACAUGAAGAAUAUACCGAGGAUGGGGAGCCACUGGAAGAUCUGCCAGAGAAAACAACACCGGAGGCAAGCAGAAAACCUGUAAAACUGAAGGGGAGUCUGGAGAGGCCUAGCAGGCCUGUGACAGCUCAGGGUGUUAAGGGAGUGACAAAAUAUGAAAAAGGUCAAAAAGUGCAGGCAGAAGAAGAGAAGGAAAUGUGUGUUCAGGGUGAUGAGGAACCUUCGGAUUCUGGGGCCGAUCUCUCUGAGCAAUAUGAGACGGACGAGGAAGGGGACGAGGAAGGGGAUGAGGAAGGUGAGAGUGUCAGUGACUCCGAGGAUGAAUCAGAGGAGGACAGCGACAGUGGGCCUGACUUGGCAAGGGGGAAGGGUAACAUCGAAACAAGCUCAGAUGAAGAUGAGGAAGAUGAGGUAGAUGAAUUGCUGCGUCGUGAGGAAGAAGAGAUCCAGCAUGACUGGGGUGAAAUGUGGAAAGACGCCCCUCGAAAUGACGAUGUCACCCGGAGACUCGCUGUGUGCAACAUCGAUUGGGACAGACUGAAGGCGAAAGAUUUGCUGGCAUUGUUCAACUCCUUCAAGCCGAAAGGAGGGGUUGUGCUGUCUAUCAAGAUCUACCCCUCAGAGUUUGGGAAGGAACGGAUGAAGCUAGAACAGGCCCAAGGACCAAUGGAGCUGGUUGCAUUGCCAGAGGAUCCGGAGAAGGACACGGAGGAAGAAAGGAUUUCCCGGGAGAAGAUGAGGGACUACCAGUUUAAGCGCAUGCGGUACUACUAUGCUGUCGUCGAGUGCGACAGUACAGAAACGGCUGGCAAAAUCUAUGACGAGUGUGAUGGCUAUGAAUAUGAGAGUAGUAGCUCCGUGCUGGAUCUCCGGUUUAUUCCAGACGAGCUCACCUUUGAUGAGCCGCCAAAAGAUGUUGCCACAGAUGUGGACUUGGCUGCCUACGACCCCAAAUAUUUCACCUCAACUGCGAUGGCAACAUCAAAGGUGGAGCUGACCUGGGAUGAGACCGACCAUGAGCGGGUCACAACUCUAAACAGGACGUUCAAGAAGGAUGAGAUCCUGGACAUGGACUUCCAGGCAUACCUGGCCUCCUCCAGUGAAGACGAGGACGAGCAGGAGGACGAAGAUCCAGAAGGCGAUGAAGACCACAGGGUGGAGAAGAGAACCAAGAAAUCCCACAAGAAUGACGCAGAGCAGAUUGCAAAGUACCGGGAGCUGCUGAAGGACAUUCAGCACAAGGACGUGAAGCUGGAGGACAAAGCCAUGGAGAUGGAGGUCACUUGGGUCCCAGGUCUGAAGGAGACAACGGAGCAACUGGUGAAAAAGAAACUGGAGCAGAAGGUCCAGCUGACCCCGUGGGAAGAAUUCCUGCAGAAGAAGAAGGAGAAGAAGAAGCAAAAGAAGGCGGAACACAAGCAGGCUACCCCUCAGUCUGACCUAAGUGAUGAUGACCUACCACCCGACGUUGACCUCAGUGAUCCCUACUUCGCUGAAGAACUUGGAAUAUCAGGGUCUGAACUGAAAACAAAGUCCAAGAAGAUGAAAACAUCUAAGGAGGAAGAGAGGACACCGGAAGAAGAGGCUGAGCUAGAAAGGCAAAAGGCGGAGAUGGCGCUGCUGAUGGAUGAUGAGGGCGAGGAAGACGCGCAGCGCAAACACUUCAACUAUGACAAGAUCGUGGAGCAGCAGAACCUGAGCAAGAAGAAGAAGAAGAAGCUGCAGAAGCGGAAUGAGCUGCAAGAGGAGGAUAACUUUGAGGUCGAUGUAAAAGAUCCCCGCUUCCAGGCCAUGUUCACCUCGCACUUGUACAACCUGGACCCCUCAGAUCCAGGCUACAAGAAGACCAAGGCCACUCAGAGGAUCUUGGAGGAGAAGCGGCGACGGCGGGAGGAACAACAGCAGGAGGACGUCAUAAAGAGGAAGCAACAGGAGAAGGAACACGGAGUCGGUGCCAGACAGCAGCCAGCUGGGCCAAAGAAGGCCAUGGACCCUGGUCUGUCCAUGCUCAUCAAGUCCAUCAAAAACAAAACAGAACAGUUUCAGGCCAGAAAAAAACAAAAGACAAAGUAGAGUCAACAUGAAAUAUUGGUGGGCAGACUAGAGCAGACUAGUGGCCUGAAAGCUUAUCACACUGAGCAGUUUAUAUAAUUAACUCUUAAACAGAAUCAUCAAGAGUUUUCUUGUUGCUUCGAAGUGGAGCAGAAAUCCACCCGAACGGAUUAUCUCAUUAAAACCGUCAGAUUAAUAAUGUGGUGUGUGGAGUUGCAUCUGUCUGUACCGGAAUGUCCAGGAAGUUCAACCCGUUUUGAAGUGCAUUCCCCAGUGGAAUGCAAUGGUAUUAAUGGCUCCUUUCAAGCUUCCGGCAUGAACCACUGAUGGAAGAAGACUUUUAUGUUGGACAAAGGACCCUCUCAUGUCCUUGUUUUGACUUUGGAAUGAUAAGAAAAGUAACUGAACUUAAAUCUCGUCCUUCCAUUCGGUGAAACACUGGCCGAGGGGAACACAAUCCUUUUUCGCGAGUGACCCUGACCGUGGCUGAAGCGAAGGGAAGAAAUUCCAUGAGGCCAGUUGAGUGAAAUAUGAUCCCAUUUGUUCAAGAUCCCAUGGAUAGUUCCUUUUUUAAAAUUCUGAUAAUCCGCAUGAAGUUGUCCCUGUGUUGUGUGCUUUUAAUUUAGUUUUUUGUGAAGUCCUUUUGAUUCUUAGGGCGUGCUUGUGCCAUGAGUCAUCUAGGGGUUCAGAGAUUUUUUUUAGAUGUGCUUGUUUAUUAAACAGCUGUAACUACCAUG